UACAGCUGAGCAAACAAAUAAAAACAGAAUUUAUAGUUUACAUUUACAGAGUUGUAUUAUGUGUAUCUUCUUGAUCGAAUGUAUCAAUUCAGAUUGUUGUCCAUUUACUCUUUGCAAGUACAGGGACAGAAACGACGUCCAAAGAACGGCUGCUAAUCAAUCAGCUGGUGACCUAUCAUGUUGCCCUAUAAGGAUGAAAUGUAUCAAUUCAGAUUGUUUUCCAUUUACUCUUUGCAAGUGCAGGGACAGAAACGACGUCCAAAGAACGGCUGCUAAUCAAUCAGCUGGUGACCUAUCAUGUUGCCCUAUAAGGAUGAAAUGUAUCAAUUCAGAUUGUUUUCCAUUUACUCUUUGCAAGUGCAGGGACAGAAACGACGUCCAAAGUACGGCUGCUAAUCAAUCAGCUGGUGACCUUCCUGACCUCUUUCAUCACCCAGCUGAUGACCCAUCUCCACCGCCAUCAUUGACUGAAUAAGGAUUUGAAAAAAUAAGAAGCUUUUUCUCUUGCUUAAAAAGAUUCUUGGUUGCUGUACUGGUAGCAUUAAUGUGUUCAGUGUGUAUAUUCAUGAACAGAAAUGAAUAUGAAGAAAUUGAGAAUAUGCAAGCCUCGGAGGGGUUUGUGGGAACUCUCGAUCAGGUGUAACACAAUAGAGUGAAAUGAUUUAUAGGAAAAUACAAAAUAUUUCGGAUUUAACCUCUUGAGAUCGUGGGGCAAGAGGUAAAGUGUCAGGAAUUCCCAGUAAUUUUUAUUUUUAUUUUGUAAUUUUCUUGUUUCAUAAUAUUGGCCAGCAAAAAAUAGCACAAACGAUUUUUACAACGAAAUAGUUCGAAUUAACAUGUUCUUUAUCCUGUCAAAUGGAGAAGCAUGGCAAACGUAACAUUUAGAAUGCCAUAAUGUACUAUUGCAAAAUACUUUUAUAAAUUGUGAUAGUUAUUUGAGUUGUUACAUUAGUUUUCAUACUUACUAACGUAUUGUAUAUUUCUACAUUAAUAUAUUAUUGUCAUUAACAGAAUUAAAACGUAAAUGAUCAGUUAUUGCAUUGUAUUCAUUAAAUUCAUCAGAAAUGUGCUUA